AAACAUGGUCAUGUUAUGAGUCUGGAGACGACGUUCACCUCUCUGAGGACAGCGCGACUGGACAAACCCCCCCUGUCCCGCUCAUUUAUGGCCCCGCCGCGUCGCGUCUGAAUGAUGUACGCCGCCGCUUUUGGAUCCUGCCGUUACUCUGGGAUGAGAGCGGAGGACCGGGGCCGGGAGAUCGGGCACAGCGGAGCACGGCCGACGGGCGCGCCGAGCGUCGGGCCCGGUAAACACACGGUCGCGUGUUGCGUGUCAGAGUCGGAGAGCCAACGGCGAGGAUAACCUUCGCGGGGGGGGUCGCGGCGGGCAGCCAGACAUCCGAGUUUAAAGCAGGUGGGCCAGGGAUGGGAAAUGACACUGCACUCCUCCAAAUUCAUCCGCUUGAGCGAAGCAGGGUAGCCCUGCAGGCGAAAUAUCCCCGGAGGGAAAACGGUGUUUGGUAAACGUCGUUCCGACGGGGUUUGACGACGCUGCGUUUCGACUCUCACACAGCGCGGGCGGAGGUCUGCUUGGUGCAAGCGGCGUUGUUAUUUCGGUGUCAUCUCUUCACAGACAUGUCCUUCACAAUGGAGGAUAGCCUGGAGUCGGGCUGGGUAGCUGUCCGCCCGAAUGCGUUUGAGGAGAGGGAGAGGCAUAAAUUCGUUUUCAUCGUCGCCUGGAACGAAGUGGAGGGUAAAUUUGCCAUUACGUGCCAUAACAGGACGGUGCAGAGGAGAAGCUUUGGUAGGGACCCGCCAGCGGAGGUGACUAGUCAGGAUGGGGACAAAACAAAAUGGCCCGAAAGUCCCGUCAGGGAUAAAGUAUCGAGGAGCCCCGGCAAAGGAGCCAGGCAGGCUGCGCUUAAAGGCUGCAGCCCUAAAACCAAGUCCGCGAUAGCAGCAAAACCAAGUCCGGUCAAAAUUCAAACUGUUAUUCAAUCUGCGGCAUCUCCCCGUAGUCCUGACACUGAGGUGUUAAAGUCCCUAAGAGAGGACCGACCGUCCCCCGCAGUGGAGGGCUUGGACCUGGAGGAGCUGGACAGUCUGAGCAGGGAGGACUGCAGCUGGGCCGGGCUCUUCUCCUUCCAGGACCUCCGGGCAAUCCACCAGCAGCUGUGCUCUGUGAACUCGGACCUGGAGCCCUGCCUCCCGGUGUUUCCGGAGGAACCAGCCGGGAUGUGGACCGUGCUGUUCGGCUCAGCGGAGGUACCCGAGACCGAAAUGGAUGAGCUGUGUUACAGUUUACAGGUGUACCUGGGCCAUGCGCUCGAUACGUGUGGAUGGAAGAUCCUGUCGCAGGUUCUGUUCACGGAAAACGACGACCCGGAUGAGUACUAUGAGAGCCUGAGCGAGCUGCGGCAGUCCGGGUACGAGGAGGCGCUCAACCGUGCCACAAAACGUCUGCAAGAGCUGCUGGAGAAGCACAAGACCAUGGACAGUAUGGUGGAGCUGUUGGAGCUAUAUGAGGAAGAAGACCAGGCCUAUGGAGGUCUGCUGGAGGCCUCCACACAGCUGUACCAGUAUCUGCUACAGCCUUUCAGAGACAUGAGGGAACUAGCAAUGCUACGCAGACAGCAGAUCAAGAUUUCCAUGGAGAAUGACUACUUGGGCCCGAGGCGAAUCGAAGCUCUAAAAAAGGAGGACACCGACUGGCAGAAGAAAGCUCAGGAGGCGGUCCUCAACAUCCAAGAGUUUACUGUAAAAUACUUUGAGAUCACUGCCAGAGCCCAGAAAGGGGUGUAUGAGCGUAUGAAGGUGGACCAGCGUAAGUUUGGUAAAUCUUCAUGGACAGUGGCGGUAGAGCGCAUGGAGAGACUGCGCUACUCUGUCGCCAAGGAAACCCUGCAGCUCCAGAGAGCCAGGGAGAUCUGUCUGGAGCAGAGGAAACACACGCUUCGAGAGGAGAUGCAGAGUCUGUGUAGCAGUGAGGAUGCGAUGGCCCUCUUAGACCACAUGGAGACACAGUACUAUGAGCUCCAGCUCCAACUGUAUGACAUCCAGGCUGAUAUAUUACAGUGUGAAGAGCUGCUCCUCACCGCUCAACUAGACAGCAUUCGCAGACAGAUGACAGAGCAUCAGGAUGAAGUGGUGUACUAUGACACCUUUGAAAGUGCAGAUGAUAUUACAGAGGACGAUACUGCAGAGAGGGAAGAGCUGCGCAGACUUCAGGUCAGCGCUCGACAGCUGGAGGCAAGAAGGGGGCGCAUCACUGCCAAGCGCUCCUAUCUGAGGAACAAGAGGGAGAUCUGUGUAUCCAACCACACUCAGAAACAGCAGAAACGUCAAACCAUCCACAAAGACUCUCUACCCCGCCAGCUGAAAAAUGAAGAAGAGGAAGAUGAGGAGAGGAAGAACAGCAGAGUAAGUCAGGAGAGACAGAGAACUCUGGACAGAUUACGCACUUUCAAACAGCGGUACCCAGGUCAGGUGAUUCUGAAGUCCACUCGACUACGCGUGGCCCACACCAGAAGAAGGGAGCGAGGAAGGAGCAUGGAAACGAGUAGCGUGAGUGAGAGGGAGGAGUGUGUGGACUCUGUUUACGUCCAGACGCAGAGACAGCCGCUGUGUCUCAGUACCAGCGUGCAGACGGACCCCAGCCCCAGCUCCACGCUCACCACUCAGCCCGUCACAGCUCUUACAGCAUCCCUUCCUCCUUUGCCUGUGCCCAGUCCUGCAGACUCCUCCUGCUCCCCCUGCUCCCUGUCCUCACUGCUGGCAUCCCCUAUCUCCUCUCCUCCUCCUCCACCCCCUCCACCUCCCCCGCCAACGAGGGAGGGGCCCUCGCCUUCCGGGAGCCCGGGCCGGCAUGGGCAGAAGGCAGAAGGGAAGAGUGCAGCAGAAGAGCUCUCUCUUUCCCCACUCGGACCAUUCAUCCCUCGCUUCUUUGAUAGCAGCCAACUGCUGAGUGCCCGGAAAAAGCUGAGGAAGACUCCAGAGUUUGACACCAGCAGAAGAGUUAGCUCACCCAUGGACGAGGUGCUGGCCUCCCUGAAAAGAGGCAGCUUCCACUUGAGGAAGGUCGACCAGCGGUCCAUUCCUUCUGCCAAGGGUGACGAUGAUCCCAACAGCAUCUUGGCUCAGAUUCGCAAGGGGGUCAAGCUGAGGCGCGUCCCCCAUAAGGAGAGAAAAAACCAGGGAGAGCUUCUGGCCUCCACCGACCCCCUGACCAGGAGCAUUCAUGAGGCGCUGCGCCGCAUCAAGGAGGCCUCACCAGAGUCUGAUUCGGAUGACGACGGGCUGGCCGGCCCCGACUGGGAAAGCUAGGGCUCAAGGCUCAGGCGCACCAAAUAACACACACACACAAAUGCCUGCACACACUGUACUGUACUGCAAUGUAGAGAGCUGUGCUGUACUGUAAACAGACACACACAAAAGCACAUACAAUUACUCACUCACUGACACUCAAGUACACACAGCCCAGUCACACACAUACCUAGUGACUAUGCCAAGGCCUGAGUCAUACUGAUUAUCACCAACUCACCAAAUGCUCCAAAGGUCUAUCUUCAACCUGUUCAUUUGUUUUUCGCACUGCAUUCACCAUCGUGGAGGACAUGAAUUGUGUUUUUUAUUUCUACUGUAUGUCACUGUGGUUUUAUUCCUGUAACCAGACUGUAAUGAUGCCAUGUUUAUUUGUUAUUUUUAUCAGUUGUACUGUUGAAAAGCUCUGCACUGGCCCUCUGUGGCAAUAUUAAUAUUCAGAAACAGCACAUAAUACAUUUUAUACCAACACACCGCACUGGCAGUUAUUUGUGAAACUGAAAACCUCAUACAGAAAGUAGUGCUGAGACGUGUGUGAUCUUUUCCACCUUCCCCAAAGCAUUAGAACUGUAACUAUAACAAAAUAUGUGGGUAUAGUUGCUCAUUUGGGACUUGAGACUGAAAAGACAAAUAGAAGAUUACAAAGAACUUGGAUCACUGGAUCUACUGUCCAGAUUGUAAACCAUUACACCAUCAAGCAUCACCUCUCCUCUAUUUUUGCUCAACCAGUGUAUUAUGACUGAGCCACACUGUACUGCACAGCGGGUUUUGUCCUGUCACAUGUGGUUGUGGUAGUGUCAGAUAGUAUAAACACUACUGCUUGUCUAAUCUGACACUGUAAAAAAUACUUUAAAUCCUUUAGUCUGUCACAGCAGAUUCGUGCCCCUCCCCCGCUCUUGUCCUCUUCCACCCCCAACACUAUGUGGGUGAGGGAAUAUGUAUCGACCCAUCUGUUCGACCGCAGCACAUGGACAGGCUGGUGGGAGAUAUGCAGAGUCACUAUAGGUUUAUUAGUUGGUGCCACAUCAAACAACAUCUCUGAACGGAAGCUGGUCACCUAGACUUUCUAUAGUGGAGUGGAAGCCACGGUUAGUGUCUGCAUUCUUUGUAAUAUGUGGGCGGACUUGGUUGGUGAUUCCCAAACUUCGUAUGUGGGAUAGUCACGGCAGAGCUGUGAAACCGGUCACGCUUGUUUGAAUGAUGGAUGGCAUGUGGGAGGCUAGAUUCUCUUACAGCUGUAGGGAGCCACUGUGGGCUGUGGAGCAGGCGGUCGUGAUUGAUGUGGUUUCUUCUACCAUGUUAUUCACUCUCCCUCCUCUUCUCUUUUGCAUCUUUCCUAAUUUCUUUCUCUGCACUCAGUGGGCAGAACCACACAGUAGGUCUGUUACUCACAGUGCUGAAGGUGAAAACACGCUCAUGCACACAUGGACUCAGGCACUGAACUCACAGCAAAUGUGCAGAAACAUUUUAGUGGCAAAGCUAGUCCACAGCCUCUACUCACAAGUCUUUUUUUUUUUUUUUUAGGAAUGAUUUCAGCCCUUUGAUGAUACAUAAUGCACAUUCUGAAUCACGUUAUCUGCACGACAACAACAUUCUUUCUCGUUUGUUGUGUUAUCACUGAUGAAACAUUAUAACUGUGGUAGUUGAGUAAGUUUAAAAGCACUGAUAAUGUGGAAUUAGCCCCUAAAAAAUUGUGACGGAAGGACGGUAUGAAGGGACCAGCGAGAUGCUUAGUAGCACAGGAAUUCACACAAACCUACAUUAACAUGAAGCAAAAAGAUGUGGAUUCCUAAACUAAGCUCUGAGUCUGGAGCAGCCUCAGCAUGCACUGUCUUAAACAGCUUUGGUGAAAGAUUUGUACUUUUUCUCUUGUGCCUGUGUUGAGAGCCAUUCAUAGAUCAAUCAGGAGGCAGACAGUGUAGAAUCUGAACAGGCAUGGAGGUAUGAGUCACAUUAUACAGCUUGAAAGUAGCUCAGUGCUAUACAGGUUUGAUUAUGUUUCCUGGCAGAGCAAAUAUGAGGCACUUUUACACCUCUUCUGUCAGUGUCAGCACAAUCUUCUUUCAUGGUACCCUCAUCAUGUAGCCACGGAAAACCUGACCUGACUCUUUACUUAAACCUAACUCAGACCACGCCUGACUUGAUGUCACUAUAACUGACUGUGGCAAAGUUCCCAAAAGAUGUUCGUGCUAAAGUUUAUGUUGCUCCAAUAAACAGUGACCAACAAUGUGCUCAAAACUUUUGGGAAACUGGGCUCAGAAGGUGAAACCUCUGCCAUGAACCACCUAUCACCUGACUAACCUUAGAAACCCACUGUCAUGUGUUUUACACUUACCUUUAUCUAUAAAUAACCUUAACACAGCUUUUUUUGUCAGCUAACUGUUAUUUUGCAUUACAUUUCAUUGCUUUGUUUUUAUCCUGUGUUUUUUUUCCAAAGCAUUUCCGGCCAAAUUGUUGUGAUGUGUUAGCUUCUGAACAUUUCCUAUGUAGACCUUUUAUCCACACAGGCUGACAACAUAUGACCCUUUGUCUGAAUAAGUAGUCACUUGAGACGUGCAAUAUAAGUAUAGAGAAAUACAAGAAAAGGGAUGAAAAAACUUGGGUUGGUGAUAAUGAGAUCUGAUUGAUUGCCUAAAACAAUAGACUUAUUAAAGAUUAGAAUACCCCUUUACCUAUAGUUCUAACAUUUUCAUUUAUUCAGUUCUUCUUUUUUUUUUACAACCUUGCACCUGCAUUUGAA